UUUGUUGUCAUUAUCUGAUCUGUGUGCUCGCGGAUCGGUCUCUCUACAGCCCGGAGCAUGAAAGCGUUCAGCCCAGUGCGAUCAGUCCGGAAGAGCAGCCUGACGGAGCAUAGCCUGGGUAUCUCGCGGAGCAAGGUUCCGGCGGACGACCCCAUCAGCCUGUUGUACAACAUGAACGACUGCUACUCCAAGCUGAAGGAGCUGGUGCCCAGCAUCCCCCAGAACAAGAAGGUCAGCAAGAUGGAGAUCCUGCAGCAUGUCAUAGACUACAUCCUGGACCUGCAGAUCGCCCUGGACUCUCACCCCAGCAUCGUCAGCCUGCACCACCCGAGGCUGGCCGCCCCCUCCAGUAGCAGCAGGACCCCCCUCACCACCCUCAACACAGACAUCAGCAUCCUGACACUGCAGGCGUCUGAUUUAUCGGCAGAGUUUAUCACGAAUGACAGCAAAGCUCUUUGUCCUUAAACAAAAUGGUGUUCAACAUCGACUGUUUUUCUUUGCACAACAUGGCUACAAGACUUCUCUAUUUCACUAUUUGAGUACUGCAUCUGUACAGAAGCUUGUGGAAGAAGAGGGGGGGAAUCAUUGUGGCUAUGAAAAGAGACUCUCAUCCAGUUUUUUUUUUGUUUUUUUUUUGUUUUGUUUUUUUUCCUUUCACCCCCCCCUCAAUUUUUUUCAUUUUUUUUUUUUUCUUUUUCGGUUCGCUCCCAGCCAAGCUUUGGACUGAUUUUAGUUAUUUAUGAAAGACUUUAAUUGACCUUUCCUAACAGGGAAGGCUUAAUUUACUAUUCUCUCCUACAUGGGGAGUGGACGUUUAAGAUGUUACAAGGGAUUUGCCACUUUCCACCAGCUUUUUUUUUAGCCUUUUAUUUAAUAAAAGGCGAAGCAUCCAGGCAACGCGGACGGGAGAGCUGUUAAGAUGUUGACGCUACAUCAAGGACUGAAUGCGACUGUAUAUAGAUAAAUAAGACAUUGUGAACUCUUUAUUCCAAACUUCUCUUCCCUCCCUUGUACAGUAGCAGGGAUGUCCUAUUUCUGCAUAUGUGUAAUGAUGAUGAGACUUAAUCAUGCUAAACUUUUUAUAAAAGUUUGGUUGUAAGGUUUUUUUAUACAGAAUAAAUCAAUGGUGUUUAUUAAAACGA